AUGUUUAAUUCGAAAAAUCUACAUAAUCCGUCAAAAAAAUUAAAUAUCAACGUAUCGACAAAUUCAAAACAAACAACAUGUAAAUUAUUUGUUGGUAAUUUAGCUACACAUACAACAAGUACACAUCUUCAAACAAUUUUUCAUACAUACGGACAAAUAAUUGAAUGUGUUAAAGUACGUGAAAGAUAUGGUUUCGUUAGAUUUUCAACGAAUGACGAAGCACAACGUGCUUUAAAUGCUUGUAAUGGUUUACAAUUAAAUGGUUAUCCAAUGAUUGUUGAAUAUGCACAAAAUGAAAUACUUAUUAGUCCAAAAUCACCACGUACAACAUCAAAUCGUUAUCAUACGAAAAAAUUAACAACACCAAUAAAAAUAAAUAAUAAUAAUAAUAAUAAUAAUAAUAAUAAUAAUAAUAAUAAUAAUGAUGAUGUACCAUUAUUAACAGUUGAUUCCAAUAAAUAUUCAUCAUCAAAUUUAAAUCCUGACGCAUCAUCAUUUACAUUAACUUGUUCAACAAGUGAUUAUUAUUCACAAUCAGAUCGACCAUCAAGUCGUUCAUCAUCGGAACGAUCAAAUUGUUUAUCACCAUCAAUACUUUCAGCAACAUUACCAUUAUCGUAUUCGGAUGAUGAUGAUAGUGAUGAUGAUAAUCAUCAUCAAAAGAAUAUUAAUGAUAAACGACAAUCAUUAAAUAUUUUUAUUGGUGAUAAAAUUCUUAGUUUAUAUGGAUCAAAUGUUGAUGCAAAUAAUAAUCAAACAUCAAUAUCAUUUAAUGGUCGUGAUAUUGAUCCACGUGAUCCAAUAUUUAUUUGGAAUUUUGUCUUUUAUCCAGAUGUGUCAAUAAGUCCAUUUGUAAAACGUUCUGAUAUAAAAACAUUACUUGAACGUCGAGUUUCACUUUAUUCACAAUAA